GAAGGAAACUGCACGUUAAUAAGGAAACAGGGGCGCGUACACAGGGACGAGCCUUUCAGAGCUAAUGAUAAAUAUAGAAGAAGACGAAACAGAGACAAGAGAGAGACAAGAGAGGAGAACAGAGUAAGAAGGAGAGAGGGAAGACAGAGAGAAAAACAGAGCAAGAGAGAAAGAGGGGAUUGAAGGGUGUUUGGACGAAGCUGUGGUAAUGGCGGAAACGUGGAACAGAGGAAUGUUUAGGGUGUCAAUGUGCGGGGAAGAGGAGAUUAAUGAGCAGCUCUCUAGAGAUGGAAGCCAUUAUAGUCUCUCCACUGGGAUCCUUCCUUCUCUUGGAGCCAGAAGCAAUCGCAGAGUCAAGCUUAGUCCCUUCAUCAUUUCCCCUUACAAUCGUCGCUACAAGGCAUGGGGGACUUUUCUGGUUCUUCUGGUCUUCUACACUGCUUGGGUUUCGCCCUUUGAAUUCGGGUUUCUGAGAAAACCAGAAGGGCAGCUGUCUAUAGCCGAUAACAUCGUGAAUGCAUUCUUUGCCGUGGAUAUCAUUCUCACGUUUUUUGUGGCUUACCUUGACAAAGCAACAUACCUCCUAGUUGACAACCACAAGAAGAUUGCUUGGAAGUAUGCCAGUACCUGGUUGGCAUUUGAUGUCAUCUCUACUAUCCCUUCUGAGCUUGCCAGGAAAAUUUCUCCUGCACCGUUCCAGCAAUAUGGCUUAUUUAACAUGCUUCGCCUCUGGCGUCUUCGGAGAGUUAGUGCCCUAUUUGCCCGAUUGGAGAAAGAUAGGAAGUUUAACUACUUCUGGGUUCGAUGUGCGAAGCUUAUAUGUGUCACUCUUUUUUCUGUUCACUGCGCUGGAUGCUUUUAUUAUCUUCUUGCUGCCAAUUAUGGCAAUCCAAAGAAAACAUGGACUGGAGCAGCUGGAGAUGACUUCCUUGAGCAGAGCCUGUGGCACCGUUAUGUGACAUCAAUGUACUGGUCUAUCACUACCCUGACCACUGUUGGCUAUGGCGACUUGCAUCCUGUGAAUACGAGGGAGAUGAUCUUUGACAUCAUCUACAUGUUCUUCAACCUUGGAUUGACAUCAUAUCUGAUUGGAAAUAUGACAAAUUUGGUUGUCCAUGGAACAAGUCGAACAAGAAAAUUCAGGGAUACCAUUCAGGCUGCCUCGAGUUUUGCUCAGAGGAAUCAAUUGCCUCUUCGCCUGCAAGACCAAAUGCUUGCACACUUGUGUUUGAAGUUCAGAACAGACUCAGAAGGAUUGCAGCAGCAAGAGACUCUUGAUUCUCUUCCUAAAGCCAUCCGAUCAAGCAUUUCGCAUUUUCUUUUCUACUCACUCUUGGAUAAGGUGUACUUGUUUCGUGGGGUGUCCGAUGACUUGCUUUUUCAGCUGGUCUCAGAGAUGAAGCCCGAGUAUUUUCCUCCCAAAGAAGAUGUGAUCUUGCAGAAUGAAGCACCCACAGACUUCUACAUACUUGUUACUGGUGCCGUGGAUCUGCUGGUACUCAAAAAUAAUGUGGAACAGGUUGUUGGAGAGGCAAGAACAGGUGAUCUAUGUGGUGAAAUAGGGGUACUCUGUUACAGACCACAGAUCUGCACAGUGCGUACCAAACGACUAAGCCAGCUGCUUCGAAUGAAUCGUACGACAUUCUUGAAUAUUGUUCAGGCCAAUGUUGGAGAUGGGACCAUAAUCAUGAAUAAUCUGCUCCAGCAUUUGAAAGGACACAAGGAUCCAAUCAUGGAGGGAGUUCUGGUGGAGACAGAAAACAUGCUAGCUCGUGGCAGAUUGGACCUACCGUUAAGUCUAUGCUUUGCAACACUGAGAGGAGAUGAUUUGUUGUUGCAUCAGUUGUUGAGACGGGGUCUGGACCCAAAUGAAUCAGACAACAAUGGGAGGACAGCUCUGCACAUAGCUGUGGCCAAAGGAAGUGAGAACUGCGUGCUCCUUCUGCUAGACUAUGGGGCAGAUCCCAACAGAAGAGAUUCAGAUGGGAAUGUACCACUGUGGGAGGCAAUGCUCGGUGGUCAUGAAGAAAUAAUCAAAAUGCUAAGAGAAAAUGGUGCGAACUUGAAUUCUGGGGAUGUGGGUCAUUUUGCUUGCGCUGCUGCUGAGCAGAACAACUUGGAAUUGCUCAAGGAAAUUGAGCAUUACGGGGGGGACAUCACAUCUCCUAAUCAGAACAAUGGAGCCACUGCUCUUCAUGUUGCAGUCUGUGAGGGCAACACAGAUAUAGUCAAAUUUCUCAUGGAGAGAGGAGCAGAGGUUGACAAACCAGAUGACAAUGGUUGGAGUCCAAGGGAUCUUGCCGACCAGCAAGGGCACGAUGAUAUCAAAACACUUUUCCAGACCACUAAAGACACCAAGCCUCAAUCUGUAGUUGCAAUCCCUGAAGAGAAACGUGGAGUUCGCUUCCUGGGGAGAUUCACAAGUGAGCCAACCAUCAGUCCAAUGGCCCAAGAGGGUUCAACUUCGCCCGGUCCUGACGGAUCAUGGGGGAAAUCCCGCCCAAGGCGUAGGACUAAUAGUUUCCACAACUCACUAUUUGGGAUAAUAUCAGCUGCUCAUAAGGGAGAAAAGGAUUUGCUCUUUUCUGCAAAUCAAAGUAACUGUUCCAUGAGCGGGGGGGUGUCCAGCAUAAGAGUCACAGUCAGUUGCCCCGAAAAGGGUGACGCUGCGGGCAAGCUGGUGCUACUUCCAGAAAGCCUCCAAGAGCUGCUUGAGAUUGGUGCUAAGAAGUAUGGGUUCUUGCCCUCCAAAGUUCUGAGCAGGGAUGGAGCUGAGAUUGAUGAUAUAGAGACAAUCAGAGAUGGAGAUCAUCUUAUUUUUGCUAGUGGGAAUGGAAUGGUAAAACCCAGUAGCCAAGACAAUGAACAUUUGUGAUAAAAAUGCAGGGGCAGGUGAACUUUUUCCACUUCAAUUGUUUUUCAAGGUUCACAGCAAUGUGGAUACAUUUUGCAAGGGGCAAUGAACGCAGGUUCAUUGGUUUUUUGGUCUCAAAAGAGUUUUUUUUUUUCUUUCCUUUUUUUCUUUGGUUGAGUAGAUUCUCGAGCAGGCAGGCUUUCUGAGGGCAUGAUGUUUCAGAAGUAAUUUUAGUUUUGAUUCGCAGAAUGCUCAAUACUAAGAAUAGAAUAGUCAUAUCAUGAAUUUGAUAACUUGCAGAAGAAAGAGUAUUGUUAUCAUAAAGCAAAUGACAAAUGUAAAAAAUUGUGUUCUUCUAUCAAAGAAAGAAUAGAAUACGGAAAGAUGAGAAUUCUCAUUGUAAAUUCUUC